UUAUCUCAUUCUCAAUCCUCCAUGUUAUCAGCUGCUGGGACUCUGUGCCCUUGCGGCUCUUCACAGAAAUAAUUCAAUUUUUCAUACUUACUGCCCAGUGUUUUUAGAAGUUUUCGUAAGUUACGAUGGUUUUCGACAACCCGGAUGAUCUUGAUUACUCACCACUUCUUACCGGCUGUAAAAAUUUUUUUGUGAAGCCUGUUGUUUGGUGGCGCAAGAAUAUUGUAGAGCCAAAUCAAAAAACCUAUUACUGGUAUCAUCGAAAGUUUCAGAGAGUACCAACUGUAGACAAUUGUUAUGAUGAUGAUGCAGUAUGCAAAUAUGAAGCAACCAGACAGAUGAAACGAGAUCGGAGAGUUGAGGCACGAAUAUGCUACAUUUUGAAAAAUAAGUUUGAUGAUUGCGUGUUCUAUGAAGGCGAAGGUGACGCCCGUAGGCUUUGUGAACCAUACUUGAAACAUUUUGAGGAUGCAUCUGAGGCAUAUUUCAUUAAAUAUGGUGAUCUUGGAUGGGAUAUCAAUGCCGAACAAGUCUUCUUCAGACAAAAGCAUCGUUUAAUCUGGGAACGUCGUCAUGGUGAAGUUGGAACAGGUAUGAAAGAUAAAGAUGGUAACAGAAUACCAUUGGAGAAAUUAAAACUGGACGAUGGAAAAGUACAAUAUGGGUCUUUUUAAAAAGCUUAGCUUUUAAAAAUUUUCGAGUAGAAGUAAUUUUUGUUAUUGCCCUGUUUUUGCAUCCAUUACAAUGCCCUUCCCUGGAUUACCUCAUCCCCUAUAAUUCCAGAAACAUUGGGCCUUCUUGUAUGAACUAUUACGCUAUUAUUUUUAGAUUGUUAAAUAAAUAAACAAAGUCCAAGGAA